GAAUCGGUCAACAGUGUUCAUUAACCCGUGAAAUGCUGGCGGGGCGGACAGUGGCUGUGGCGGAGCGGGGCGGCUUUUUUUUUGUAGGAACAAGACUGAGGACGUUUGUUCAGGCAGUUGAAGAAGUUGAUGUGGGCUUGUAGUAAAUAUCUGUGGAAAGUGCUUUGCAAAAAAAGCAGUUGGAAGGACUAAUGGCAACAAAGUGACAAAUUAUGGCUCUAAUGAUUCCACCAGUGAAGCUAAAAUGGUUAGAGCAUCUCAAUAGCUCUUGGAUUACAGAGGACAGCGAAUCCAUUGCCACAAGAGAAGGUGUUUCUAUUUUGUACAGCAAGCUAGUUAGCAGUAAAGAAGUGGUACCACUACCACAGCAGGUGCUCUGCCUUAAGGGACCCCAGUUACCAGAUUUUGAACGUGAGUCCCUCUCCAGCGAUGAACAAGAACACUAUCUGGAUGCUCUCCUUAGUAGCCAGCUGGCUCUGGCGAAGAUGGUUUGCUCCGAUUCCCCAUUUGCAGCAUCCCUUCGGAAACGUUUGUUGGUGUUACAGCGUGUUUUUUAUGCUCUUUCCAACAAAUACCAUGAUAAAGGUAAAGUCAAACAGCAGCAGCAUUCACCUGAAAGCAGUUCUGGAGCAACAGACAUCCAUUCUGUCAGUGAACGUCCAAGAUCUAGUACAGAUGCUCUAAUAGAGAUGGGAGUUCGGACUGGAUUAAGUUUAUUGUUUGCACUAUUACGACAGAGCUGGCUGGUGCCUUCCACAGUACCAGGAUUGAACCUCUGUAAUGAUGUUAUCCAUACAGCAAUAGAUGUGAUAAGCUCAUUGCCACCAUUAUCUUUAGCAAAUGAAAGUAAAAUUCCAGCAAUGGGACUGGACUGCUUGUCCCAAGUGACGACAUUCCUGAAAGGAGUCACGAUGCCAAACUCAGGAGCAGACAUUUUGGGACGGAGAUUAGCUUCAGAGUUACUGCUUGGACUUGCAGCCCAGCGUGGUUCGCUACGGUACCUUCUGGAAUGGAUAGAAAUGGCUUUGGCUGCAUCGGCUGUAGUUAGCACCAUGGAAAAAACGAAACUGUCCGUGAGCCGAGAAGGAAUGAUCAGUCACGACUGUUUCAUGAACAUUCUUAUACAAAUGAGACGUUCUUUGGGUUCAUCAGCUGAUAGGAGUCAGUGGCGAGAACCCACUAGGACACCUGAUGGCUUGUGCUCAUUGUAUGAGGCAGCUCUGUGCCUCUUUGAAGAGGUUUGUCGAAUGGCCUCAGACUACUCAAGGACGUGUGCAAGCCCUGACAGUUUACAGAGUGGUGAUGCUCCUGUGGUGUCAGAGACAUGUGAAGUGUAUGUUUGGGGUAGCAACAGCAGUCAUCAGCUGGUUGAGGGAACACAGGAAAAAAUUCUGCAGCCAAAAUUAGCUUCAAGUUUUGCUGAUGCUCAGACUAUUGAAGCUGGACAGUAUUGCACAUUUGUCAUUUCAUCUGAUGGAUCAGUAAGAGCCUGUGGCAAGGGCAGUUAUGGAAGGCUUGGUCUAGGUGAUUCAAAUAACCAAUCCACCUUGAAAAAGUUAACCUUUGAGCCACAUCGUGCCAUCAAAAAAAUCUCUUCCUCAAAAGGAUCUGAUGGACAUACUCUAGCAUUUACCACAGAGGGAGAAGUUUUCAGCUGGGGUGAUGGUGACUAUGGAAAACUUGGGCAUGGAAACAGUUCAACACAGAAAUAUCCCAAACUUAUUCAGGGACCUUUGCAGGGGAAAGCCGUUGUAUGUGUCUCUGCUGGCUAUAGACACAGUGCAGCCGUUACAGAAGAUGGUGAAUUGUACACCUGGGGUGAAGGAGACUUUGGGAGGUUAGGUCAUGGUGAUAGCAAUAGCCGCAACAUCCCAACUUUGGUAAAGGAUAUAAGCAAUGUAGGAGAGGUUUCUUGUGGAAGUUCACAUACCAUUGCAUUAUCUAAAGAUGGAAGAACAGUGUGGUCUUUUGGAGGAGGUGACAAUGGCAAACUUGGUCAUGGUGACACAAACAGAGUUUAUAAACCCAAAGUUAUUGAAGCCUUGCAAGGAAUGUUUAUUCGGAAAGUUUGUGCUGGGAGCCAGUCUUCACUUGCUUUGACAUCAACAGGACAGGUGUAUGCUUGGGGCUGUGGUGCCUGUCUUGGUUGUGGUUCUUCAGAAGCUACAGCUUUGAGACCCAAACUUAUCGAAGAACUAGCUACCACGAGAAUAGUUGACCUUUCAAUAGGUGACAGCCACUGUUUGGCUCUUUCACAUGAUAAUGAGGUAUAUGCUUGGGGCAAUAAUUCUAUGGGACAGUGUGGUCAGGGAAACUCAACCGGUCCAAUCACCAAACCCAAAAAAGUAAUUGCUUUGGAUGGAGUAGCAUGUCAGCAGAUUUCUGCUGGAACUUCCCACAGCCUAGCUUGGACAGCAUUGCCCAGAGACAGACAAGUUGUGGCUUGGCACAGACCUUACUGUGUGGAUUUAGAAGAAAGCACUUUUUCUCACCUAAGAUCAUUUCUUGAAUGGUACUGUGAUGGAAUCAACAGUGAAGUUCCACCUCUCCCUUUCCCGUCAUCCAGGGAACAUCAUAAUUUUCUUAAGCUUUGUCUCAAGCUGCUGUCUAACCAUCUGGCACUAGCUCUAGCUGGGGGUGUGGCCACCAGCAUCCUUGGGAGACAGGCCAGGCCACUGCGAAAUCUGUUGUUCAGGUUAAUGGAUUCUUCUGUACCAGAUGAAAUCCAAGAGGCUGUUAUAGAGACAUUGUCUGUGGGAGCUACAAUGUUACUUCCACCACUGCGAGAGAGAAUGGAGCUGCUACACUCGCUACUUCCACAGGGCCCUGAUAGAUGGGAAAGCUUAACAAAAGGACAAAGGAUGCAGUUGGAUAUUAUUCUCACUAGCCUACAAGACCACACCCAUGUAGCUUCUUUGCUGGGUUAUAGCUCUCCUCCUGAUGUUGAAGCCUCCUCUACAGGACCAAAUUACAGCAACUUCCCUGAUUCCUCAUUCAGCUCCCAAUCCAGUCAUCCUGAUACGCAUCUAGCAGAAAUCUUGAUGAAGACCCUGCUAAGGAACUUGGGAUUCUAUACUGAUCAGGCUUUUGGAGAACUGGAAAAAAAUAGUGACAAGGAGCUUUCGGGGACAUCAUCAGCUGAAAACAGCCAACCAGCUCACUUGCAUGAACUGCUGUGCUCGCUACAGAAGCAGCUGUUGGCAUAUUGUCACACCAACAGUGUCAGUGAGAGUUCCAGCAGCGUAGCUUUAUUACACAAACAUCUACAGCUCUUACUGCCUCACGCGACUGAAAUUUAUUCCCGUUCUGCAACACUACUGAAAGAAAGCUCCUGGAAUGGGAGUGUCAGGGACAAGCUUCAAGGUGUCCUGUAUGGAUCAGCAGCAGGGAGCAUGCUCUGUCAGAUCAUUAAUUCUCUCCUGUUACUGCCUGUCUCUGUGGCGAGACCAUUGCUGAGCCACCUACUGGAUUUACUGCCAUCCUUGGAUCGCUUAAACCGACUUUUACCAGCUGCAGCACUUUUAGAGGAGCAGGAGCUGCAAUGGCCACUGCAUGGUACUCUUGAAAGUGCUGACCCUGAUGAUUUGGCUAUACCUCAGCCUGCUCAGCCUUGGGUGUGGCUUGUGGAUCUGGAAAGAACUGUUGCACUUCUUGUAGGCCGUUGCCUUGGUGGAAUGCUGCAGGGCCCACCUACGUCAUCUGAGGAACAAGAUACAACUCAUUGGCUAAAAACGCCUCUCUUCAGCAAUGGAUUGGAAAUGGAUCUUCCCCAGCUAGAUAAAUGCAUGAGCUCUCUUCUGGAAGUUGCACUGUCUGGGAAUGAAGAACAGAAACCUUUUGACUAUAGCCUUGGUUCAGAAAAUAUUAUGCUGGUUGACCUGGCUUUGGGAUCUACUAAAGAACCUGUCAACGCUCUUUGGCUCAAAAUGCAGGACUAUGCUGUUAGCAAAGAUUGGGACAGUGCAAUUCUUGGCAAUGAGACCUUGUUGGAUACAGCUUCAAGAUUUGUUCUUGCAGCUCUUUUAAAGCAUACUGGUUUACUGAAUCAAGUUUGUGGUGAAAGCAGAUACCAACCUAGUAAAACUCUUGCAGAAAUAUAUCGUUGUGUUUACAAAGUCCGGAACAGACUGCUAGCAUGUAAAAACAUGGAACUUAUCCAGAACCAGUCACCUUCCAGUGAAAGAAGAUUGUCAGAAAAUCGAGACUCGACAGAUGCUGACCUUCAGGAACGUUCUUUCACUCGUACCAUUGAUGAAGAAGCUGAAAUGGAAGAGCAGGCAGACAGAGAUCGGGAAGAAGAGCACCUGGAACAAGAGGAGGAAGAAAGAGAGCAAGAAGUCAUGACUGCUGGAAAAAUCUUUCAAUGUUUUCUAUCAGCCCGUGAAGUUGCUCGUAGUCGUGAUCGAGAGAGAACGAGCAGCACAUCUGGAAUUGGGAACGGAACUGUUGUCCGACUAGACGAUCCACCGUCUCAGCUCCGGGAAGAGCGGCGAGUCAGCACUGCACUUACAGAAGGGCAGGACCUUUACACAGCAGCAUGCAACUCUGUCAUCCAUCGCUGUGCAUUGUUAAUUCUAGGAGUCACACCAGUCAUACAAGAGUUACACCAAAAAGAUGAAGGACAGAUGGGACAUUCUGGAACUAAUGAAGGACUUGGUUUUAUGACAAGGAGUGAAAGCUUGACAGCAGAGAGCCAUUCUGUGCAAUCAAAUUCAACCUACAAACUGACUAAGUCGCGAAGUGAAUCAGACUUGUCUCAACCCGAAUCGGACGAGGAAGGUUGUGCAUUUAGCUCCAGAAGAAAUGUAGAUGUGGACUUAGAUUUGGCAUCAGUUCAGAGAAAACGAGGACCUCCUUAUAGCCCAACAGACUCACUGAGAGCGACCUGGACACGGCUGAAACACAGCAGAGAUCGGCCCUAUGGUACUUCCCACUGGUACAAUGCAUGCGAUUUUGAUCUGAAUCAAUCCCUUGGAAUCCACACGUUCAUUGAAAACAUUGUUAGUUUUGUGAGUGGAGGUGUGGGAACUUCCCCAGGUUUUAAAGAACCUGAAGAAAACAUGUCCUCCAACCCUCAGGCCAUCCUCAUUGCCAUGGAGCAGCAGCAACUUAGGUCUGAGCUACGUUUGGCAGCACUUCAUCAAAUUCUGGUGUUGCUUUCUGGAAUGGAAGAAAAGGGCAGCCAGUUAACGGGAAGUAAUUGCCCAACUUCAUGGUUCCACUCGGCUUCUUUGCUUACUUCAGUCAGAUUACAAUUCCUGGCGGGAUGCUUUGGCCUGGGCACAGUAGGAAAUGCAGGAAUUAAAGGCGAAAGUGUCCAAUUACAUCAUUAUCAGGAUGGCAUCAGGGCUGCCAAGAGAAACAUUCAGAUGGAUAUCCAAGGUGCUGUUCACAAGAUCUACCAACAACUAUCUGCUACCUUAGAACGGGCUUUGCAAGCAAACAAGCACCACAUUGGAGCUCAACAACGCCUCUUGCUGGUCACAGUUUUUGCACUUAGUGUGCGUUACCAGCCAGUGGAUGUCUCUUUGGCAAUCUCCAGUGGUUUGUUGAAUGUACUAUCCCAGUUGUGUGGUACUGACACUAUGCUAGGACAGCCACUGCAAUUGAUACAAAAGCCAGGUGUUUCACAACUCAGCACAGCUUUGAAGGUUGCCAGCACUCGAUUGCUUCAGAUUCUAGCCAUCACCACAGGAACCUAUGCAGACAAGCUGAACCCUAAGGUUGUUCAGUCUCUCUUAGACCUGCUAUGCAGUCAGCUGAAGAACCUACUCUCUCAGGCUGGCGUGCAGCUGACACCCUUGCAUGGAGAUGGAGAAAACAAAUUAGAUGAGACUGGUGAGACUGAGGAUACCAAAGAUUUAAAAGCGAUUCUUCGAAAGCAACACACAGCAGAGCUGCAGCUGGGGGACUUUCUUGUUUUCCUGAGGAGAGUUGUCUCCUCAAAAGCUAUUCAGUCAAAAAUGGCCUCGCCUAAAUGGACUGAAGUGCUCCUUAAUAUUGCUGCUCAGAAAUAUUUUUCUGGUGUGCCACUGGUUGGGAACCUGAGAACGAGGCUGCUUGCUCUUCACGUUCUAGAAGCAGUGUUGCCUGCCUGUGAGUCCAGUGUAGAUGAUGAUCAAAUGAUACAGGUUGUGGAACGCCUUUUCUUGCUCAUCUCUGAUUGCAUGUGGGAGGCACCAAUUGCUCAGGCAAAACAUAUGAUUCAAAUAAAGGAGAAAGAGCAAGAAAUGAAAUUACAGAAGCAGGGAGAAGUAGAGGAAGAGGAUGAAAAUCUUCCUAUCCAGGAAGUAUCCUUUGACCCUGAGAAAACCCAGUGUUGUGUGGUGGAGAAUGGACAAGUUCUGACCCAUGGUAGUGGUGGAAAGGGCUAUGGUUUGGCAUCAACUGGAAUUGCUUCUGGAUGUUAUCAGUGGAAGUUCUAUAUAGUAAAAGAAAAUCGAGGUAAUGAAGGUACCUGUGUGGGAGUAUCCCGCUGGCCUGUGCAUGAUUUCAACCAUCGGACUACCUCAGACAUGUGGCUGUACAGGGCUUACAGUGGAAAUCUGUACCACAAUGGGGAACAGACACUCACUCUCUUCAGUUUUACUCAAGGAGACUACAUAACAUGUGUGUUGGAUAUGGAGGCCAGGACCAUCUCAUUUGGAAAAAAUGGAGAGGAGCCCAAACUAGCUUUUGAAGAUGUGGAUGCAACGGAAUUAUACCCCUGUGUAAUGUUCUACAGCAGCAACCCUGGUGAAAAGGUUAAAAUCUGUGAAAUGCAGAUGCGAGGCACGCCAAGGGAUCUACUACCUGGCGAUCCUAUCUGUAGUCCUGUAGCCACUGUGCUGGCAGAGGCCACUAUCCAACUCAUCCGUAUUCUGCAUCGUACGGACAAGUGGACCCACUGUAUAAACAAAAAUAUGAUGGAUCGUUUGCAGAAAGUCAAAUCUUGCAUUAAAGAAGUCAGCCACAAAUUAAAAAAGAGUCGCUCUGUGCAAAGCAGAGAGGAACAUGAAAUAAAAGAGGAGGGUAAGGAGGAGGAAAAAGGAAAGCAUAGCAAGCAUGGUUUGGCAGAGCUCACGGAAAUCCAGCUGAGAACCCUGUGCACUGAGGUGUGGCCUGUGCUGGCAGUAAUCGGUGGUGUGGAUACAGGUCUUCGAGUUGGAGGGAGGUGCAUUCACAAGCAGACUGGAAGACAUGCCACUCUUUUAGGUGUGGUCAAGGAAGGGAGCACUUCAGCAAAAGUGCAGUGGGACGAUGCAGAAAUAACAAUAAGCUUCCCUACUUCUUGGUCACCCAGUGACACACCAUUGUAUAAUCUGGAGCCCUGUGACCCACUGCCUUUUGAUGUCUCUCGAUUCCGUGGGUUGACAGCUUCUCUGCUGUUAGACCUUACCUACCUAACUGGCAUUCAUGAAGAUGGAGCCAAACAGAAUGCAAGAAGGCACGAGAAAAAGCAUAGGCAUGAGUCUGAAGACAAAGCAGAGCAGGAGCAGAAACCUGAGGCAGAAGUCCCUAAAGAAACCAUUGAUCAACGAGUGAUAACGCAGUCGUCUGAGGAGACGAAAAGUUUUAUGCAAGGUGGAGCUCCCAGUUCUCGAUCAGAAAAUGACAUUUCAACAUGCACAAUGGAUUCUGUACAUCUCAGUUUAGAUUCUCAACACCAUCUGCUAGAGGGAAAACGAAAAUUUCAUGAGCAUGUACUUCGAAAUCAUGAUUUAGUUCAGUCGGAAAUUCGAGCAGUUCAGUUGUCUUACUUGUGUCUUGGUGCUAUGAAGACACUUAGUGCUCUGCUUAGCUGUAGCAAGUAUGCAGAACUGUUGCUGAUCCCGAAGGUUUUAACUGAGAAUGGCCAUAAUUCAGACUGUGCUGGGUCACCGGUUAUUCAGGAUGAUGUGGAAAUGAGAGCUGCACUCCAGUUUCUGAUGCGCCACAUGGUGAAACGAGCUGUCAUGCGCUCACCAAUUAAGAGAGCAUUGGGACUGUCUGAUCUAGAGCGUGCACAGGCCAUGAUUUAUAAACUGAUUGUGAACUCGCUGCUGGACGAUCAAUUUGGUGGCAAAGUUAAACAAGCAGAUGUCUCCCAGCAGCCUGAAGAAAUGGAUGCUGCAAUGCAGGCACAAACACCUGUUACUACCAGCCCUUCUGCCUCCAGCACCACUUCGUUCAUGAGCAGCUCUCUCGAGGACACCACCACAGCUACCACCCCCGUCACUGACACGGAAACCGUGCCUGCCUCAGAAUCGCCAAGUGUGAUGCCACUCAGCCUUCUACGCCAAAUGUUCUCCAGUUAUCCAACAACCACAUUACUGCCCACUCGACGGGCACAGACCCCACCUGUUUCCUCCUUGCCAACCUCACCUUCAGAAGAGGUGGGGAGACGACAGAGCCUCACUUCACCUGAAUCCCAGCCUACCCGACCAACAAACCGAACAGCCUCUUCUGAUCCUAGUAGCAGACUUUCAACUUCGCCACCGCCACCACCCAUUGCUGUACCUCUUUUGGAAAUGGGUUUUUCACUCAGACAGAUCACAAAGGCCAUGGAAGCCACAGGUGCCAGAGGAGAAGCAGAUGCCCAGAAUAUCACAGUGCUGGCCAUGUGGAUGAUAGAGCACCCAAGCACAGAGGAAGACGAUGAGUCACAGUCUGCAGUCACUUCAGACUCAUGCCAUGGGGCAACUGCUUCAAGCAGCAGUGAUAAGUCCAGAGACCAGGGCUACUUCCAGUCACCUGGAGAAAUACCUGCUGUCGAUGCCACGGAGCUGGAGGAAGGGUUUAGUGAGGGCCCAAAUCGAUUAGAUCAAGAGGAGAAUGGAUCAUCUACCAGUGCACCUUCUUCCAGAAGCCGUUCAACUGUCACUAGGAGACAAAAGUUUGAGCUAGCAGCUCGGACUCUGUUAGCACGUGCAGCAGGUCUGUACCGUUCAGUUCAGGCACAUCGAAACCAAAGCCGGCGAGAGGGGACAUCAAUGCCACAAGACCCAGGUGGCCUCUAUGACUUUAACCUUGAUGAAGAAUUGGAGAUUGACCUGGAUGAUGAAGCCAUGGAAGCCAUGUUUGGUCAGGACUUUGCAAGCGAUAGUGAUAUAUUGGGAAUGUGGAUUCCAGAGGUACUGGACUGGCCAACAUGGCAUGUUUGUGAGUCUGAUGAAAGAGAUGAAGUAGUCAUCUGCGAGCUCUGUGAUGUAAAUGUCGCCCAAUUUAAUCAUCACAUGAAGAGAAACCAUCCAGGCUGUGGGCGCAGUGCCAACCGGCAGGGCUACCGCAGCAAUGGGUCCUAUGUCGAUGGAUGGUUCGGUGGUGAGUGCGGGAGUGGAAAUCCAUAUUACCUCUUAUGUAGCAGCUGUAGGGACAAGUACCUGGCCACGAAGAGCAAGACAAAGGCCCCAAUUUCAGAAAGAUACAAAGGCCAGGCACCAGAUCUGAUAGGCAAGCAGGACAGCAUAUAUGAAGAAGACUGGGACAUGCUAGAUGUUGAUGAGGAUGAGAAGCUGACUGGAGAGGAGGAGUUUGAAUUGUUAGCUGGACCCCUUGGCCUGAAUGAACGUAGAAUUGUACCUGAGCCGGUACAGUUUCCCGACAGCGAUCCACUGGGAGCAUCUGUUGCCAUGGUAACAGCAACCAACAGUAUGGAAGAAACCCUCAUGCAAAUAGGUUGCCUUGGAUCUGUAGAUAAAUGUUCGUCUGGCAGAGUGACACUUGGAGAACAGGCUGCUGCCCUGCUCAACCCACAUGACCGAGUUAUGGCUUUGAGGAGAGUGACUGCAGCAGCACAGGUGCUUCUGGCAAGGACCAUGGUUAUGAGAGCUCUUUCAUUGCUAUCUGUCAGUGGCUCUAGUUGCAGUCUAGCAGCAGGUCUGGAGUCUUUGGGAUUGACUGAUAUCAAGACCCUGGUUCGGUUGAUGUGUUUGGCUGCAGCAGGUAGAGCAGGUCUCUCCCCGAGUCCAGGUACCACUAGCACAUCAGAUCGCCCUCGUGGAGUUCACAGCAAAGUCAACAAGCCAAUUUCCUGCCUGGCCUACCUGAGUACUGCAGUGGGCUGUUUAGCUUCUAAUAGUCCAAGUGCCGCAAAGCUACUAGUCCAGCUCUGUACACAGAACUUGAUCUCAGCAGCAACAGGUAUGAAUCUCACUACCAUAGAUGAUCCCAUUCAGAGAAAGUUUCUACCCAGUUUCCUUAGAGGUAUUGCUGAGGAAAAUAAACUUGUGACAUCUCCAAACUUUGUUGUAACUCAAGCAUUGGUGGCAUUGCUUGCUGACAAGGGAGCUAAACUAAGACCAACCUACGACAAGGCAGAGAUGGAAAGAAGAGGUUUUAUUGCCCAUUUGUAUGCCCAUCCUUCCUAUGAUCCUUCUGCUGUAGGCCCUCUGGAACUGGCUAAUGCCUUAGCAGCUUGCUGCCUCUCAUCUAGGCUGUCUUCCCAGCACAGACAGUGGGCUGCUCAGCAGCUUGUCCGGACUCUUGCAGCACACGAUCGUGACAACCAAAGCAAACCACAGACUUACGCUGAUAUGUCUGGGGAUCUACGGAAAUGUUCAUUCAUGAAGCUUGAAGCGCACCAAAAUAGGGUGAUUACAUGUCAAUGGUGCAAUAAAAAAGGUCUCCUAGCAACAAGUGGCAAUGAUGGGACUGUUAGAGUGUGGAGUGUCACUAAAAAUCAUUACAACUUGCAACAAACAUGUGUCUUCAACAAAUCAGAAAUUAUUUCAGAAGACAUGGGCAACCUGGGUUCUCCUUGUGACCCGAAUUUGUCUCUUAUUUGUUGGAGCAUUAGUGGCAAAUACAUUGCAGCAGCACUAGAAAAAGUGGUGAACAUCUGGCAAGUCACUGGAGGCAAGGGGCUUUUAGACAUACAGCCGCACUGGGUUUCCGCUCUUGCCUGGCCUGAAGAAGGCCCAAUAGCAAGCUGGGCUGGCGACACUUUAGAAGUUCUCCUUGUAGGACGAUUGGAUGGAUCUCUUGGACUCAUUGAGGUAGUGGAUUCAUCCACCAUGCACCGACUUGAACUUGAGCACUGCUACAGAAAAGAUGUUGCUGUAAUGGCCAUUGCUUGGUAUAGUGAAGAUAAACCAUUUGCAGUGGGAUAUGCGGAUGGCAAAAUGCUGAUUGGCACAAAAGAGCCUCUGGAGAAAGGAACUGUUAUAAUUGAUGCAUUCAAGGAAAGUAUCACAUGUAUGAAGUGGGACCCGUUAGGGCUGAUGCUUAUGACUUGUGCCAAAGAAAACACCGUCAAGCUGUGGAGUUGUGUAGCCGGAAACUGGCAUUGUCUACAUAAACUUUCUCAUCCGGCGCUGGUGAAUGAUGUUGCCUGGUGUAGUCAACUAGGAAAAGGUUUCAAGCUGCAGCUUAUGUUGGCCAGUGGAUGUCAGAAUGGCUUGGUGUGUGUCUGGACUGUCCCCCAAGAUAUUUUCAAGGUAUCUCAGUCCACUUCCAGCAGCUCUGAUGAAUGGUGGGAACAGGAAUCCAAGAACCGGGUGAAGAGUGGAUGUAAGAAAGCUGGGGAGGCUGCAUGCAUCUAUCAACUGAAGGGGCACAUCACUCCAGUGCGGACUGUAGCUUUCAGCCCAGAUGGGCUGGUCCUGGUGUCUGGAGGACUUGGUGGACUGAUGAACAUUUGGUCACUAAGGGACGGCAGCGUACUACAAAGUGUGGUGACGGGAUCUGGUGCUAUUCAGAAUACAGCCUGGAUUCCUGAUGUUGGCGUUGCAGCAUGUUCCAAUAGGUCAAAGGAUGUGUUGGUGGUGAACUGCCCAACUGAAUGGAUAACAGCAAACCAUGUUCUGGCAACAUGCAGAACUUCACUGAAAAAACAAGGAGUUAUUGGACUAAACAUGGCACCAUGCAUGAGGACCUUCCUUGAAAGGCUGCCAGUAAUGUUGCAGGAACAAUAUGCAUAUGAAAAGCCUCAUGUUAUAUGUGGAGACCAACUUGUCCAUAGCCCUUACAUGCAGUGUCUAGCUUCCUUAGCUGUAGGCCUUCAACUGGAUCGGCUCUUGUGUAAUCCUCCAGUACCGCCUCAUCAUACUAGCUGUCCCCCUGACCCUGCCAACUGGAACUCCUCUGAGUGGUCCUGGUUGGAAUGUUUUUCCACCACUAUUAAGGCUGCAGAAGCAUUGGCAAAAGGAGGGCCAUUCCCAGAAUGCUUCACUGUUCCAGACCUAGAGCCUGUACCAGAAGAAGAACUGUCUCAUGUGAUGGAUAAUAGUAAAUGGUUUACUGGAAUGGAUGAACAAAUUAUGUCAUGGGCAUCGUCUCGGCCAGAGGACUGGCACCUUGGUGGGAAAUGUGAUGUCUAUCUUUGGGGAGCAGGGCGUCACGGGCAGUUGGCAGAAGCUGGAAGAAAUGUAAUGGUCCCCACUGUUGCACCGUCGUUUUCGCAAGCUCAGCAGGUUAUUUGUGGGCAGAAUUGCACUUUUGUUAUUCAGGCUAAUGGAACAGUGAUGGCAUGUGGAGAAGGUAGCUAUGGUCGACUUGGUCAAGGAAAUUCAGAUGAUCUUCAUGUAUUGACUGUCAUUUCAGCACUACAAGGUUUUGUGGUAACUCAGCUAGUGACUUCCUGUGGAUCUGAUGGUCACUCUAUGGCUCUGACUGAAAGUGGUGAAGUCUUCAGCUGGGGUGAUGGUGAUUAUGGGAAGCUGGGCCACGGUAACAGUGAUCGGCAGCGCAGACCUCGGCAAAUUGAGGCACUGCAAGGAGAGGAGGUUGUUCAGAUGUCCUGUGGUUUUAAGCAUUCAGCAGUCGUUACUGCUGAUGGGAAGUUGUUCACAUUUGGAAAUGGUGAUUAUGGUCGUUUGGGACUAGGUAACACAUCCAACAAAAAGCUGCCCGAGAGAGUAGCAGCAUUAGAAGGCUAUCAAGUUGGACAGGUUGCAUGUGGUUUAAAUCACACUUUAGCUGUCUCUACCGAUGGGAUGAUGGUUUGGGCAUUUGGUGAUGGAGAUUAUGGAAAACUUGGCCUAGGCAACUCAACAGCCAAGUCCUCACCUCAGAAAGUGGAUGUUUUAUGUGGAAUAGGAAUUAAAAAGGUUGCUUGUGGCACCCAGUUUUCUGUUGCCCUGACAAAAGAUGGCCAUGUGUACACCUUUGGCCAAGACCGCCUGAUUGGCUUGCCUGAGGGCCGUGCCCGCAAUCAUAACAGGCCUCAGCUAGUACCUGCUUUGAAUGGAGUCUUUAUUGAGGAUAUAGUUGUGGGUGCUGAGCACACACUGGGCCUUUCCUCACCUGGAGAUGUUUAUGGAUGGGGCAGCAAUUCAGAAGGGCAGCUGGGAUUGGGCCAUACCAAUCAUGUAAGAGAGCCAACUCUAGUCACCGCACUCCAAGGAAAGAACAUUCGGCAGAUUUCAGCAGGCCGUUGCCACAGUGUAGCAUGGACAGCCCCUCCAGUACCACCAAGAGCACCAGGUGUGUCUGUGCCUCUGCAACUAGGUUUGCCAGACUCUAUUCCACCCCAGUACAGCUCAUUAAAGGAAACAAAUAUUGAAACAAUCAGGGCCAGGCUACGUUUGCUGUAUCACUUCUCAGACCUCAUGUACUCUUCCUGGAGGUUACUUAACCUUAGUCCAAACAAUCAGAAUAGUACAUCUCACUAUAAUGCUGGAACAUGGGGAAUAGUCCAGGGACAACUAAGGCCUUUGCUAGCACCAAGAGUGUACACUCUUCCUAUGGUGCGUUCCAUAGGAAAGACAAUGGUGCAAGGCAAAAAUUAUGGCCCCCAGAUCACUGUGAAAAGGAUAUCUACCAGGGGCCGCAAAUGUAAGCCUAUCUUUGUACAGAUUGCUAGACAAGUGGUUAAACUUAACGCAUCAGACUUGCGAUUACCUUCACGUGCUUGGAAGGUGAAACUGGUGGGAGAGGGUGCGGAUGAUGCUGGUGGAGUAUUCGACGACACCAUCACAGAGAUAUGUCAGGAGCUUGAGAUGGGGAUAGUGGACCUUCUCAUUCCUACUCCAAAUGUCACGGCUGAAGUAGGCUAUAACCGAGACAGGUUCCUCCUCAACCCUUCAACUUGUUCAGAUGAGCAUCUAAUGCAGUUCAAGUUUUUGGGAAUUCUUAUGGGUGUUGCCAUUCGUACAAAGAAACCAUUGGAUCUCCACUUAGCACCAAUGGUAUGGAAGCAGCUUUGCUGUAUUCCACUUUCUUUGGAAGAUCUUGAGGAAGUAGACUUGCUUUAUGUACAAACACUUAACAGCAUUCUUCACAUUGAAGAUGGUGGGAUUACGGAGGAGAAUUUCCAUGAGAUGAUACCUCUUGAUUCUUUUGUGGGCCAAAGUGCUGAUGGCAAAAUGGUUCCCAUAAUCCCAGGUGGGAACAGCAUCCCACUCACCUUUUCCAAUAGAAAGGAGUACGUGGACAGGGCAAUCGAGUAUCGGCUACAUGAAAUUGAUCGGCAGGUGGCUGCUGUUCGAGAAGGGAUGUCUUGGAUCAUUCCAGUUCCCCUGCUUUCUCUCCUUACUGCAAAGCAGCUGGAACAAAUGGUUUGUGGACUGCCAGAAAUCUCUGUAGAAGUCCUAAAGAAGGUUGUGCGGUAUCGAGAGGUUGAUGAGCAGCAUCAGUUGACCCAGUGGUUCUGGCAGACAUUAGAGGAAUUCUCCAACGAGGAACGAGUUCUUUUCAUGCGCUUUGUGUCUGGAAGGUCUCGUCUGCCAGCAAACACUGCAGACAUCUCCCAGCGGUUUCAGAUUAUGAAGGUUGAUAGGCCUUAUGACAGCUUGCCUACCUCACAAACCUGCUUCUUCCAGUUGCGGCUGCCCCCAUACUCCAGUCAGGCAGUCAUGGCGGAGCGACUGCGUUAUGCUAUCAACAACUGCAGGUCCAUAGACAUGGACAAUUACAUGCUGUCCCGCAAUGUGGACAAUGCAGAAGGCUCUGAUACAGAUUAUUAAUUCUCUGAACAAAAAUUGCUGCACCAGGGGGCGAUGGUGAGCAAGCCUUCUGGUAUAGUAAGCGUAAGUGACUACUGCAGCUAUAAUGAGGAGCCCAGAAUAUUUUAAUUGUAUAUGUACUUGAAGAAAAAUGAAUGUGAUAAAUGUUAUUGUUUGAUUUUAAUUUCAACUAUAAGCAGGUUUAAAAUAAAACAGUUCUCCUGGUAUUGGUUUUUGUUCACUUUUUGAUAAGUUUGCAUGGAGAUAUUUUGGUGCAUUUUUAAGAGUGGUAUAGACGACCCCUCCCAGAGUUAGGGAGCUAUGAAAUUAAAGUUUAAAAGAAAAUGUACAUUGUGUAUAAUUGUUCAUGAGGGAGAGCAAUUAUACAUAAAUAUUCUUAUAUUUAUUUUUGUUUUAAUUUGAAUUGCCUGUGAGUUUCCUAUCAGAAAUACAUUAAAAAAAUAAAGCGUUAAUUUAAA